GUUUUCAUACGUGGCAACACUGUUUGGGGUUGUGGGCAUUUCGGCAAAUUCAUUUGUUUACAUUUAUUUUAUUAAGAGCGAGAACAUUAUUCAGAUAAAUGUAAUGAAUCUAGAACUCUUGGAAUCAUUUGGACAAAAUUACCCUGAGGAAUUUGAUGGAUCAUUGGACUGCAUCUCUCUGGCUGUGACAUGCGUUUUCAAUAAAUAUGGAACUCUUCUGGCCGUAGGUUGCAAUGAUGGACGCAUCGUGGUUUGGGACUUUCUUACACGUGGUAUUGCCAAAAUCAUAUCCGCCCAUGUACAUCCCGUGUGCAGUUUAAGUUGGACAAGGAAUGGCCAUAAAUUGCUCUCUGCAUCCACAGACAAUAAUGUGUGUAUUUGGGAUGUAUUGUCGGGAGAAUGCGAGCAUAAGUAUCGUUUUCCCUCACCCAUACUUAAAGUGCAAUUUGAUCCUCGCAAUGAUAAACGGUUUCUUGUAUGUCCAAUGCGCUACGCUGCUGUCCUUGUGAAAAUUGGAGACGCUCAUAAAUGUUUACCUCUGGAUUCGGACGGAGAUUUGAAUAUAGUGGCAUCUUUCGACCGAAGAGGCAAACACAUUUAUACGGGAAAUGCCAAGGGAAAAAUUAUGGUAUUGGAUGUGGAAACUUUGGAAGUUGUAGCCAGUUUUCGUAUCAUCGUGGGCACCUCAAGCGCUACCGCUGUUAAAAGCAUAGAAUUUGCUCGCCGGGGCGACGGCUUUCUCAUCAACACAUCUGAUCGUGUUAUUCGUGUUUAUGACUCCAAAGAAGUGUUGGCUUUGGGAAAAGAUGGAGAACCGGAACCCAUACAAAAACUCCAAGAUCUUGUUAAUAAGACCACCUGGAAGAAGUGUUGUUUCUCCGGAGAUGGAGAAUACAUAUGUGCUGGAAGCGCCCGCCAACAUGCUUUAUAUAUUUGGGAAAAAUCCAUUGGAAAUUUGGUAAAAAUUUUACACGGCACCAAGGGAGAACUUCUACUUGAUGUUGUUUGGCACCCGGUUCGCCCAAUUAUAGCCAGCAUUAGUUCAGGUCUGGUUUCAAUAUGGGCUCAAAACCAAGUGGAAAACUGGUCGGCGUUUGCACCAGAUUUUAAAGAACUUGACGAAAACGUCGAAUACGAAGAAAGAGAAUCCGAAUUCGAUAUAACGGACGAAGACAAAUCAUUAGAUUUAAAUGCAGAUGCCAAAUGUGACGAAGAGAUCGAAGUUGACGUUACAAAAGCAGAACCCGUCGCGGCAUUCUGUUCAUCUGAUGAAGAAGGAGAAGAUGAAAAUGCUUUACAAUUUUUACCCAUGGCCCCAGAAGUUGAGGAUCCCGAAGAUGGUUGGGCUCUCCAGGAUGGUUUGGAAGGCGGUAGCAGUUCAAAAGAUACAGAGUCGUCAUCAACAUUGCAUGACUAUGGUGAUGUGGUUGCAUCUAAAAAACGUAAGAUGACAAACUAUGACAUAAGUUUACCAGAUGCACCAGUCGAGGAGGUACAUCCAUUGGUAUCAAGCAAAACCAAUAAAGAUAAGCAAUCAGCUGGUGGGAAAAAGGCAGCAGGACGACCUAAGAAGUGAAACUUAACUAUAGAUUAUGAUAUUAAGUAAGAGAUUAAUUUAAAAAUACAAUCCACAAUUUUGAAACAUAAA